AAAGUGACAUCAACACAACUUGAUCAGCUGGCUGGCAAGUCGAAGUCUUCAGAGCUAGUGUUGGCCGGUCUGGGCGCACUGGGUCGGCCAGCGGAGAGCAACUGGACCGCUGAGCAGCGCUUGGCCAUGGAGAGCAGCCAGCGUGAAACGGGUUAUAAUGCUUGGCUCUCGGAGCGCAUAUCGCCGGAGCGUAAGCUUUUCGAUAUGCGCCAUCGUAGCUGCAAAAAGCUCAAGUACCCAGUGGAAAACCUGCCAGCGAUCAGUGUAAUCAUCACCCACCACAAUGAGCAGCCCAGUGUGCUGCUGCGAACGCUGAGCAGUCUGAGAAGUAGAACAUCGCCGAGAUUGCUGCGAGAGAUCAUUCUGGUGGACGAUGGCAGCGAGCAGGAGUUCUCUGUGGACGCAGGGUUCGAGGGGCUGGUGCAGCAGCAGCGCCUGCCCAAGCAGCUGGGCCUGAUGCAGGCACGACUGGCGGGUGCUCAAAAGGCUCAGGCCGAAGUGCUCGUCUUCCUUGAUGCACACAUCGAGGUCACGCGGGGCUGGCUGGAGCCACUGCUGGCUCCCAUGCUGGAGAGCAACAGGACCUGCACCACGCCCGUGGUGGACACCAUUGACUAUGAAACGUUCGCCUAUAGGCGUGGCAGGCCAUCGCGUGGCUUCUUCGACUGGGACUUUAACUACAUCCAGCUGCCCUUACUGAAGCAGGAGGAGCUGGCGCUGCCGGCGCCACAUGAAAACCCCAUCAUGAAUGGGGGUCUCUUUGCCAUAUACCGCAGCUGGUUCUUCGAGCUGGGCGGCUACGAUGAGGGGCUGCGCAUUUGGGGCGGCGAGCAGUUCGAGCUGAGCCUCAAGAUAUGGCUGUGCGGCGGCCGACUGCUGGAGGUGCCCUGCUCCAGAGUGGGGCAUCUAUUCAGAAACAGCCACUUCCAUCCGCAGUACAAGAAGGCGGAGAGCAAGGCCAUAGCUAGGAACUACAGGCGCGUGGCUGAGGUGUGGCUGGACGAGUACAAGGACAAGCUCUAUGCAAACAUGCCCCACUUGACGCACGUCAAGGUGGGUUCCCUGAAGAAACAAAAGGAGCUGCGUCAACGUCUGCGCUGCAAGCCCUUCAAAUGGUUUCUGGAUCACUUGGCUGGGGAUUUCUUGGAGCAGUAUCCCAUAGACGAGCCUCUGGACUAUGCCUUUGGCGCUCUCCAGAGCCUAGCGGCACCCUCGCUCUGCCUGGAGAGAGCCGAGUCUGCAAAGCACCCGCAACUGCUGCCCUGUGAUGAGGAUCUCAUGUACCCCAAGUUGCAGCAGAAGUGGGCCUUGAGUCACUUUCGCGAUCUCCACUCGAACUCCCAUUGCCUGGAGCUGCAGCAGGAAAAGCCGAAAGCAGAGAUUUGGCUGUGGCAAUGCCAUCAUCAUGCGGGCAAUCAGUUUUGGUCCUAUGACUUGAAUACCAAUCAGAUUGUCCAUGGCCAGAGCAGAGCGCACAGACUUUGCCUCGAGGCUCAACUGGAAACAAAAACUGUGAUCGCCGAUGUCUGUGAUACUCAGAGCCAAAGGCAGCGCUGGAAGUUUGGCUAUGCUAAUGAGCGAUUGCUGGGAGACUUUUGGCUGAAGGUGGCUCAGUAAAGUCAGCAAAAGUCAGAAAAGGGUUAAUGGAAG